CACACACACACACACACACACACACAGAGCUGCCUUGUCCGCUUUGAGGUUGGAAGUUUGGGUACUCUGUGCCCACUAAGCUACUUUCUAUUUCAAGUGCCUGUAUGUCUGAGGCUGGGUUUGAAGCCUCCAGCAUGUUUGGAGUUAAUCCCCAUUAGGUUGGACUCCGCCCCUUUCUCCCAAAGGUGAAGCAAGGUUUUCAGGCAUCACUGCAAAGGGCAGCUAGUAUUCCCAUCCUUGUCUAACAAGCUGUGAGGAGAAGUUGUUUCUGAGACCUGAGCCUGAAGAGAGGGAACAAGUCAGUCAGCCUUCGUGGUCAGAAGAGAAACCUGUGACCAUGAGGAGCAGCCUGACCAUGGUGGGAACCCUCUGGGCCUUCCUGUCCCUUGUUACUGCUGUGACCAGUUCUACCAGUUACUUCCUACCUUACUGGCUCUUUGGAUCCCAGCUGGGGAAGCCAGUGUCAUUCAGCACAUUCCGGAGGUGCAACUACCCUGUGCGGGGAGAGGGACACAGUCUGAUCAUGGUGGAAGAAUGUGGGCGCUAUGCCAGCUUCAAUGCCAUCCCAAGCCUGGCCUGGCAGAUGUGCACAGUGGUGACAGGUGCCGGCUGUGCUCUGCUGCUCCUGGUGGCACUAGCUGCUGUCCUGGGUUGCUGCAUGGAGGAGCUCAUCUCCAGAAUGAUGGGACGUUGCAUGGGAGCAGCGCAGUUCGUUGGAGGGCUGCUGAUAAGCUCAGGCUGUGCCUUAUACCCUUUAGGAUGGAAUAGCCCGGAGAUAAUGCAAACAUGUGGGAAUGUCUCCAAUCAAUUUCAGUUAGGUACCUGUCGGCUUGGCUGGGCCUAUUACUGUGCUGGAGGUGGAGCAGCUGCAGCCAUGUUGAUCUGCACUUGGCUCUCUUGCUUUGCUGGAAGAAACCCCAAGCCUGUCAUAUUGGUGGAGAGCAUCAUGAGGAAUACCAAUUCUUAUGCUAUGGAGCUUGACCAUUGCCUCAAACCUUGAGCUUUGAAAGAAGAUUGGAGAGGGUGGGAAAGGGGAGGAGGGAGCCCUGAAAAGAGGUACUAAGGAUUAGGCCAUUUGUCAUCUAACUGUCAUUAGUGUAGCCUAGUGUUUGCAUGCUUUUUAAACUAAUUAUCGUUCAUUUUCACUUAUCUUUAAUCCAGUAGGUCACUGGCUGUUUAUAAAAUUCAUCUAGUGGAAACAUUCUCAGACAUUUACCCAACUGGCAAGUCGUGCUAACCCGAAGACCCAAAGUACCCCUUUAUGCAAAAUAGGAUCCAAAGCUAAGGCUGGGUAAGAAUAGUUGUGCAGGGAGGGAGCACGAGAUGGGCAGAGCUGGUUCCUACCACUCCAUUCACACAGUUCAUCAGUUCAUUCCCGAGUAUUUCUUGUCACCCCCAAACAUCUCUGGAGUACUACUGCUCAAUUUUUGUGUCGUUAUCAGGAGUAUACCUUGGCUCUUCCUUUUUUUCUCCUGCUUUCCCCUCCCCACCCCUUAUGGGGAAGCUUCAGGGGAGCGGGGGAGGGUGAUUCCCAGUGGUGGGGAAAACAUUAAUCAAGGAUACUUGCAUUUAGCCUGGAGCCCCUUCCUCAUUAUGCUUUAGAAUAUUCAUAGGAGUUCAAUUUGUAUUCUGGCUGGGUGAUGAGCAAAAAAAAUACAUAGUAGCAAAUAUUCUCUCAUCCUUUAGAGAUAAAGAAAUGGUGUUCAUCAAAUAUACUGAGAAUAGACUAGCAUUUGUGGGGCACUCAAUAAAUUUAAAUUCAUGGUGACAGUGACAA